UGUUUGAAGUGUAUAGUCCACGUGAAAGUUUGGCUAUUUGUGUUUAUUUUUUGGAUAACGGUUCUCUCGCAGUGGUUUCUCCUCAGGCUGUGUGAAGCUGUCAGUGCAGUCUGUGUGUUCAGAGAGGGAGGGUCAACAUGGCGUCGGAGCAGGAAAUCUCAAAUGCCCCAGUGAAGAAAUCUAUGAGGGAGAAGGCUAUCGAGCGCAGAUCAGCUAAUAAAGAGCACAACAGUAAUUUUAAGGCCGGAUAUGUUCCAAUUGAAGAGGAGCGACUCCACAAGACAGGACUGAGGGGUCGCAAGGGCAUUAUUGCCAUUGGCAUAGUCAUCCUACUCUUUCUGCUUGCGCUCAUUAAUCUCAUUAUAACUCUAGUGAUAUGGACAGUUAUACGGAUAGGUCCGGGAGGUUGUGAAAGUAUGGAGUUUCACGAGAGCGGCCUGCUACGCUUCAAACAGAAGGCCGAUAUGGGUGUGGUUCACCCGCUGCACAAGAGCACAGUGGGCGGCAGGAAGGACCAGGACCUCGUCAUUACUGGCAACAAUAACCCAGUGGUGUUCCAGCAAGGCAACACUAAGCUGAGCGUGGAGGAAGAUAAAACGUCUAUCGUCAGCGACUUGGGCAUCUCCUUCACUGACCCCCGCACUCAGACGACGUUCUUUAGCACUGAUUUUGACAACCAUGAGUUCCACCUGCCCAAAGAGGUCAAGAUUCUAAAUGUGAAGAAAGCUUCUACUGAGAGAAUCACCAGCAAUGCAUCAUCUGACCUCACUAUCAAAGGAGACGGUAAGGCCAUUAUUCGUGGCAACGAGGGAGUUUACAUCAUGGGCAAAACUGUGGAGUUCAGCAUGGGUGGGGACAUCGAGCUGAAAGCGGAAAACAGCAUUAUUCUAAAUGGUUCAGUGAUGUUCAGUCCUUCACGUAUACCAAACUCCUCUCUGGGGGGAGACUUGUACUUCAAUGAGGGGUUGGAGAGGUAUAAACUUUGCAUGUGUGCAGAUGGGACACUGUUCAGAGUGCAGGUCAAAUACCCCAACAUGGGCUGCCAGACGUCCGACAAUCCCUGUGGAGCAGCACACUGAAAAAAGUGAGAUGAAUACCACUGGAAUACACAUGCUCAUCAACGUUUUCAAAUGAAACAUGACAUUUCGGGUGAACUCCCA